AUGAGUGUUGAACAGAGUUCUGUGCAUACGUCAUCAUCACACUUCUCUCAUUUCUGGUCGUCGGCGUUGAGGUCCAAACCGUUAUCUCCGGCAUCGGAGACUCAUGUCCUCACCAAUUCCGGCGAGGGACUUGUCCGGCGUUUAAGCCUCUUUGAUCUCAUUCUCCUAGGGAUUGGAGCCUCCAUUGGCGCUGGAAUAUUUGUCGUCACCGGCACGGUCGCUAAAGACGCCGGUCCUGGAGUUACAAUUAGCUUCAUCAUUGCAGGAGCAUGUUGUGUACUGAAUGCACUCUGUUAUGCUGAGCUAGCUUCUCGCUUUCCGGCAGUUGUUGGGGGAGCUUACCUUUAUACAUACUCGGCUUUCAACGAGCUUACCGCUUUUCUUGUGUUUGCUCAAUUGAUGCUAGACUAUCAUAUUGGUGCAGCUAGCAUAGCACGUAGCUUAGCGAGCUAUGUAGUUUCAUUACUGGAGCUCAUUCCCCUUUUCAAGGAUAACAUCCCAAACUGGUUUGGGCAUGGUCACGAAGUUCUUGGAGCAUUAUCUAUCAAUAUACUAGCUCCAAUUCUCCUAAUGCUUCUGACUAUAGUUCUUUGUUGGGGAGUUGGAGAGUCAUCAAUAUUGAAUUCACUCAUGACAGUGACAAAGGUGGUUAUUGUUCUUUUUGUCAUCAUUGUUGGAGCUUUUAAGGUUGAUGUUUCAAACUGGACUCCUUUCGCCCCAAAUGGUGCUAAAGCAAUAUUGACUGGAGCCACAGUUGUCUUCUUUGCAUAUGUAGGAUUUGAUGCCGUUGCCAAUUCAGCAGAAGAAUCAAAGAGACCACAGCGAGACCUACCAUUAGGCAUAAUAGGUAGCCUCCUUAUCUGUGUUGUGCUGUAUAUCGGGGUCUGCUUAGUGAUUACUGGAAUGGUUCCAUACCAAUUACUUGGGGAAGAUGCUCCUUUGGCUGAAGCUUUCUCCUCCAAGGGUUUGAAAUACGUAUCAGUAUUGAUCAGCAUUGGUGCUGUUGCUGGACUUACUACAACACUUCUAGUUGGUCUCUAUGUUCAGUCUCGUUUAUAUCUUGGACUUGGAAGGGAUGGGCUUCUUAAUGUUCAUGUGCUUUCACACAUUCUUUCAGUUGGCUCAUUGACAGGCUAUUCUGUUGUUUCAGCUUGUGUAGUAACUCUUCGCUGGACGGAUAAGGCUGCAAGUCAGAUUUCUACAAGAUGGGUUUCUAAAAGGGCUGAAGGCAUCAUCUGCCUCCUUACAAUUGCCUGUUGCGGUUUUGCUGCUGGAAUCUUCUACCGUUUUGGGGCUUCAUUUGUUUUUAUGAUUUUAACUACUGUUAUUGCAAUUUGUUGUGCUGCAGCUCUUUACUUACGACAAUUCUAUGCAGAUCCACCAGGUUUUUCUUGUCCAGGAGUUCCAAUUCUUCCCACCAUUAGCAUUUUCCUCAACAUAUUUUUGUUUGCCCAGUUGCACUAUGAAGCCUGGGUUAGAUUUGUCGUCCUCAGCAUUAUUACAGUUGGUAUUUAUGCCUUUUAUGGCCAGUAUCAUGCUGAUCCUGAUUCUGCAAAUGAAGAGUUUCUUGGUUAA